AGUCGCCAUGAUACAGCAGCGGAAACGGGUGCGAAGUAGCUAGAAAACAAAAGAGAACACGCAGUGGUCCUCGCUAUUUGGUAUGCUCUUGCAGUGUUAUAGGAAUGCCCAAGGAAAAAUAUGACCCGCCGGAUCCCAGGCGGAUGUACACAAUCAUGUCCACUGAGGAAGCAACAAACGGGAAGAAGUCAUACUGGGCUGAGCUGGAAAUCAGCGGCCGAGUAAGGAGUCUCAGCACAUCCCUGUGGACUCUCACCCACCUCACUGCCCUGCACAUCAGUGACAACUCAUUGUCACGCAUCCCGCCAGACAUUGCCAAACUACAAAACCUGGUGUACCUGGAUCUCUCGUCCAAUAAGAUCAGGAGCCUGCCGGCCGAGCUCGGCAACAUGGUGUCUCUCAGGGAACUGCUUUUAAAUAACAACCAGUUGCGGGUUCUGCCAUUUGAAUUGGGGAAACUGUUUCAGUUACAAACACUGGGGUUGAAAGGAAACCCACUUGCACAAGAAAUUAUGAGCCUCUACCAGGAACCCGAUGGCACGCGGAGACUGCUCAACUACCUGUUAGACAAUCUGGCAGGGGCUAUCAAGCGCAUACCAACAGAGCAGCCCCCAGCCCGGUCAUGGAUCUCAAUCCAGGAACCCGACAGGACACGGGACUCAGCACUGUUCUCUGUGAUGUGCUACAAUGUGCUGUGUGAUAAGUACGCCACACGACAGCUAUAUGGCUACUGCCCCUCUUGGGCUCUUAACUGGGAAUACCGAAAAAAAUCCAUCAUGCAGGAGAUAAUGGGCUGCAAUGCAGACAUCAUCAGUUUGCAGGAAGUUGAGACGGAGCAGUACUACAACUACUUCCUGCCUGAGCUGAAGGAGCAGGGGUACGAAGGGUUCUUCAGUCCAAAGUCACGAGCCAGGACCAUGUCAGAGUCGGACCGUAAACAUGUGGAUGGUUGUGCCGUUUUCUUCAAGACAGAAAAGUUCAGUGCCGUGCAGAAGCAUACAGUGGAGUUCAACCAGCUGGCCAUGGCUAACUCCGAGGGCUCCGAGGCGAUGCUGAACCGGGUGAUGACCAAGGACAACAUCGGGGUCGCUGUGCUGCUGGAGGUCCGCAAAGAGAUGAUGGAGGCCUCUUCUGGAAAGUCACUCCAUGGCAUGGAGAAGCAGCUGCUCCUGAUAGCCAAUGCCCACAUGCACUGGGAUCCAGAGUACUCUGACGUGAAGCUGGUCCAGACCAUGAUGUUCCUGUCGGAGGUGAAGAACAUCGUGGACAAAGCCACGCGCAGCCUCAAGUUGUCCUCUGUCUCUGGUGAGACCAAUGCCAUUCCUCUGGUGCUGUGCGCUGACCUCAACUCCCUGCCGGACUCUGGCGUGGUGGAGUACCUGAGCAGUGGGGGGGUGGACUGCACCCACAAGGACUUCAAGGAGCUCCGCUACAGCGACAGCCUGACCAAAUUCAACUGCAACGGCAAGAACAGCUCGUCCAACGGCAGGAUCACCCACGGCUUCAAGCUGAAGAGCGCUUACGAGAACGGCCUGAUGCCUUACACCAACUACACCUUCGACUUCAAGGGUGUCAUCGACUAUAUUUUCUACUCCAAGCCUCACCUGAACGUGCUGGGUAUCUUGGGCCCUCUGGACACCCACUGGCUCGUAGAGAACAAUGUCAGCGGCUGCCCACACCCCCACAUCCCCUCCGACCACUUCUCCCUCUUCAGCCAGCUGGAGCUGCUCCUGCCCAACCUGCCCCCCCAGGUCAACGGGCUCCACAUGCCUGCCCGCAGGUAGUGAGUCCCUGCCACACCACCCGGGGGGGGGGCUGCAACCACAGCCCCUCACUUUCAAACCCUCCUCCCUCCCACUACCAGCCCUUCCCUCCACCAUACCGGAGGAGGAAGACAAAUACACAACCUGUAAAAUAUUCGUACAGUGAGGUCUGGCCGACAGGGAUUUCGUAUAAUGUUAUAGAUAUUCUAUAUUUUUCUUUUUUCUUUUCUUGGUUUUCUUUCUUUUGUUUUUCUUUUAACUGCUCGAUUCAGUCCUGUUUGUGCAUCAUCAUUUGUGUUUUGGACUCCCUUCCCUCCUAAUAAUCCACCCACCUACUUUGCAUCUGUCUUUCAAACUAGAGGGGAUGGUAGCUCGUUCAGAUUUGUCACAUGGGGAAGGGUUUGCUUUUAGAGUAUGGGGAAGCUGAGCAGUGGCUGAUGGGAUGACAUUCACCUAAGAAGCUCCAUAGCAGACGGUCUGCUUAUCUGUCUGUCCUGUAUAAAUCUGAAACCAGCAAAGACAGCAGACUUGUGACUCUCAGACCUCCUUCCUUGGCUGGUGCUUGUUCUCUCGUGCUCUGGGCCGCCAGCGGACUUUCUCAGUCUUUCUCCGGGGCACACAUUCCUUGAGUCAGAUGCUGUUGGGUUAGAGCAGCUUUUAGCUGGUAGUUAAGCAUCCCAGGCAGCUCGCAUGAGGUAAGAUUUCCUGCUGUCAUUCUGUGGUGCUGAAGCCUUUUGUGCGGUGACGGCCUCCCAUGGUGCUACAAGAUAGUCGACACCUCUCAUCCUAGCUCCGGUGCAUUAGCUACCAAACCCAGCGCUUCCUCGAGACGCCAGAGAACUACAUUUGUCCAGCUUCACAUGUGCUGUCCGUAGGAUUUGUGAGGGAUAUGUUGAGAAACUGAGAGCAGCUACCAUCCUGUUUGCAGACCGUUUCACCCACGCUGCUGUAGUUGUAAGGCUAGUCUCGUGCUUAUGAGCUCAUGUGGACCGCGUACCCCCAUUUUGGACAAGGGGUAAGGGAUUUAGGCUGAUGGGCAAAGCGAUGAGGGGCUUUCACAAAUAUUUUCUUUGUCUCGAUUACUUUUAGGGCAGAGAAAGCGAGUAAUGGCUGAUACACAGGAGUUAAACCAGCAUUCCUCUCACUGUCUGGAGUUGCCAUCCAACUCCACGCAUGCAAGCUUAAACACACUCUCACACACUUAAUUGCAUAAACACACACAGGUAAUUUGCAGGCAGAUCUGUAGCACUGUCUCCGAGGCCAGUAGUGACUUUCCCCAGCCAUAUAUUCCAUACACGAAAGCAGUGGUUUUUCACAAGUGUUUGUACAGAAUAGUUAUCUAGACUCAGUCUUUACAUGAUUGUAUAUGAACCACAAAAGACCUGUUUUCUGGUGUUUUUUGUACCAAGAGUAAAUUAUGAUCAGAUUUGGAAAAAAAAGAUUGUAUUGUAAACUAUGGCUAAAUUUUUAUCCAGUUAAUGUUAAGAUGAAUUGAUAUUACCAGCUUGUACAAAAGACGUAGGAAGAGGUUGUUCAAGGCGUUCACUGUCACUUCUUUGCACUCCCUAGAGAUUAACUGUAAUUCAUUUAUCAGUGCUGUUUUACUUCCCCCUCCCCCCCCCACCUCUGAUGUUGAUUUGAUUUGCUGGCAUAUUGCUGCGAUUGUAAAUAGACACUGAGUAAACUCUGCCUGUUGCUUCUUGCCCAUUAACAAAGCCAUCGAUCCACACUGCUGCCAUCCGUUCAGACAAAAGGACACGCACGGAUAGGUCACAGCCCACCAGUGACUCCACAUCUGCUCCUCCCACGCACUCGCGCCAGUGACGUGUGACCAAUACGACCGAUACUAAUCCCACAUGUACAAGAAAACAUCGUGCCUCACUGUAGCAGUUGUCGUUGUCUUGCACUAUUUACAUUUGACGAACGCCUGAACAACCUUUUCUCCUUUUAUUUUUAAAUACUGUUGAGACAUUUGUGAAGAUUUUAUGUCCUUUUAUUGGUUUUUGUUAAUGUUGAUUUCCUUUUUUUUUUAUGAGCUGUGACAAUGUUAUGAUGAUGUGUAUAUCCUUCCUAUUCAUUGAGCUCUCUAGUAAUCAGGUAUGCUUUCUCCGCCGACCCCCCCCCCCCCCACUUAAGGAACAUUUAGGAGGAUGUCUAAUCUUUAUCAAUUCCUGGGAUUGUCUAGCUCCCUAUUUGUACCUUCACACAGCUCCAUGCCCAGACCCCCCCCCCCCUCCCAAAAAAAGUGUUGCCCUUAACCCCUUCCCUGGCCAUGAAUUUUUAAACCUCCUUAAGCCUGUCUAUCACUCUAUACGCCCAACCUCAGACCUCCCCCUCCCACUAUAUUAAUCAAGCUGUGUCUUUUAACCCCCUUUGCUCAACCACUUUGUAAAGUUCUCUUACCCUCGUCACUGCAGCUAUAGUGCCAUCUGUGGACCUCCCUACCUCUGUGUUGAAAAAGGUGGAAGGCCCAUUUUGCCCUGCUUUUUGAAGGAACAAGGGAUGAGGGGCAGCUCAGCUUUCUCUCUCUGAAAGCCAGGCAAAGAAGUUGCUUUGAAUCCAAUUUGUUACAUCCCGACCAACAUGUAGUCUGCCCGUGGCGAGGCGGUGAAUUCAACAGACUUGUUUUUACACAAAUGCACCGUAUGAUGAGCAUUCAGAUGCAGCUCCCCUCACUUCUUGGCCCGUCAUAUGAAUUGACUUAAAUGUAUAGACAUUUUUAAAGCAAGAGGGAAGUAAAUAGGAAGAAUAAGCUUAGUCCUCAGAUCAAGGGUUGUCCCAUUUGUUUCCCCCUACAAGUUUGUCUUUUAACCUUUUGUUUUCCAGUGGAAACCAAUGUGUCCAGUUUGAUUUUUUUUUUUUCUGAAUGGCAUUAGUAUUGUAGUAGAUUUAAAAGGCUAGCUUUUUUUUGUAAAGUGUGAAUAAAAGAUGUAACUCAUGUUUCCUUUCUAAAAAGAUAUUGAAUUGUGUUGUGUAAAUCAUGAAUUCUAUGAUGUUUGCUACAUUGUUUUUACUUUUACUCGGUAUAUUUUUCCCCCAUAUACUCUUAAUCCCAUCACAAACCAAAUCCUCUGUAGAAAUCACGAGACGUUGAUGGCUUGUGUGGAGUUGAAUGUUCCGGAUGGUGCCUCGUAGAAUGAAGGGCUGAGAGCGUAUGGAGGGAUCAGUAUCAGUGGAAUUAGUAAAAACUUUCAGAACAGGGAUAUACAUUUGUACUUUUCAGCUUUAUUUAGGAUGUUGUGUGGCACUAGCUGGAGAGUGUGAGCCUGUAGGGCAGCAGAGCUGUCUCUCAGCAGUUCAGUACUAGAGAAAACUGUUCUGGUAAAACGUGUUUUUAGGACUAAGCUGGUCGCUAGACGGCUCCUGUGAUCCUUUUGGGUUUUACUAGACCAUUUCACUCUUCUUGUGCAUCACAGUGGUUAAUCACGUUACACUAGCUAGCAAGUAGAUGCUUUUGAUAGUCACUGAUCUGACUCGUCCUUUUGGUUGCCGACCCGACCCUCCCCAUUGCCCCCUUGUUUACCACACCUUAUGGCUUUUGAUGGCAAAUCACAGAGCUGAGUUACCCUGUAAGCUUUUGCGAGUGGUCACAUCGUUGACUUUGUACUUUCCAAUGUUGCAUUGUGUUUUGUAGUUGUUUAGGCUUAGAGUAAUUUCCCAAGCUGCAUCUCUUUCUAACGGUGCACACCAAAGCUGCUUGUAGUCUCUGUGUAGAGCAAGUUUCACCAAACAGUCACACAUUUUUUUUUUUUUUCAUAGACUUCAUGAAAAGUAGGGCUGUAAGCAAACCAAGAUACUUUUUUUCCUUGAUCACAUGAACAUGUUGCGUCCAUAUCCAUACUCUUGUUGGGGUUUGGUUUCUCAGUCAGCUCAUUUUAAAUGCAUCCUUUUCCAAAAUAAACUAGGCAAUAAUAACAGAAACAUUCAGACACAUUUAGAAUGGGUUUUUAAAUAUUUUAUCUAGAAAAUGUAGCUAUCAUCUGUGGUUGUUUGUUUUGACUUUGCACUCCAUCUUUAAACACCUUUUCCUUUCCCCUUUAUUCACCAUCUUGUAUAUUUGCUCAUCUUCUCUCUGCCGAUCUAGUAGUAGUUGUUCAAUGAUCAGGAUUGUCUAACUGUAGUCAGCGAAGUACAUAUAUUGAUCUGUGUUUAUGCACUGGACCAACUAUUGUUUACCAUUCUUCAAAUACCAGCAAAAAAAAAGAAGAAGUAUAUUGACAUAACACUUGCACAAUGUUGUAGAAUGUCCAUUAAUCCCGAUGAGAAAUCAAGGCAGCUGUUUUCAAAUCAACACAUACUGUUUUAAAAAGAAACUGAAUGGUAAACAAUGCUUUUCGUUGUACCCCUUAGCCGUCCUCUCUAUUCUCUUUGGACUAGUUUGGUUAUUUUUUAUUAUUUCUGUUUGACUACAGGUUCUGCUUGUUUCCUUUACACCUUCCUAUGUAUUUUCCUACUUCUGGUUGAAAAUAAAUUCUAUAUUAUCUGUUUCAA